CACGCCGCUGUCGUGUAACCGACAUGCAACCGAUUUCUGGAGACUUCGCAGGAGCUCCGUGAUUAUUUAACGACAGAGAGAGUGAGCGAGAACAACCGAUUAAUUGAUGCUUUAACUAAGAUGAAAGGAAUCUGCCUGACAGCAGCAGAGAGGAGUGAACCUGCCCUGGAGGAAAGCUAACCCACGAAUGGCCUGCCAGUCUGUCUCUGCAGUCAUGGACGAGCAGGCCCUGCUGGGGCUCAACCCGAACGCCGACGCCGGCUACAGGCAGAGGGCCAUGGCGUACUUUGAGCAGCUGAAGGAGUCUCAGGAUGCCUGGGAGGUUUGUGCAGCGGCUCUCGCUAAAGGGAUUUAUAAUGACGACCAUGUGAAGUUCUUCUGCUUCCAAGUUUUGGAGCAUCAGAUCAAGUUCAGACACGGAGGUCUGAGUGGAGCUCAGCAGCAGCUCAUCAGAGAGACGCUGAUGAAGUGGCUCCAAUGUCAGCUGCUGAACGCUCAUCCUGAGAAACCUUUCAUCAGGAACAAAGCGGCUCAGGUGUUCGCUCUCACCUUCGUCAUGGAGUACCUGACUCUGUGGCCCAAGUUCUUCUUCGACAUCUUGUCUCUGGUGGGCCUGAACCCGAACGGCGUCGACGUCUACCUGAGGACGCUCAUGGCCAUCGACGCCGAGGUGGUGGACCGAGACAUCCUGCACGCUCCAGAGGAGACGCGCAGGAACACUCUGAUAAAGGACUCGAUGAGGGAGCAGUGCAUCCCCAACCUGGUGGAGUCGUGGUUCCAGAUCCUGCAGACGUACCAGCAGACGCACCCAGAGCUCACCUGUCAGUGUCUGGAGGUCGUUGGAGCCUUCGUCUCCUGGAUCGACCUCAACCUCAUCGCUAAUGACCGGUUUGUGAAUCUGCUGCUGAGUCAGAUGUCAGUGGAGGAGCUCAGAGAGGAGGCCUGCGACUGCCUGUUUGAAAUCAUCAACAAAGGGAUGGACCCGGUGGAUAAAACCAAGCUGGUGGAGUCUCUGUGCCGAGUGCUGCAGUCUGCCGGCUUCUUCAACGUGGAACAGGAGGAGGACGUGGACUUCCUGGCUAAGUUCUCCCGGCUAGUGAACGGGAUGGGACAGAGUCUGGUGCUGAGCUGGACCAAGCUGGCCAAGUCCGGCAACGUGAAGGAGGCGGCGGAGACGCUGCAGGCGGUGGAGGCCAAAGUGCCGCUGCUGCUGCAGCUGCUGGUCCACGAAGACGACGACAUCUCUGCAAACAUCGUCGGAUUCUGCUACGAAUAUCUGCACGUCCUCAAACAGCUUCCUCAACUGACAGACCAGCAGAAAACUAACAUAGAGGCCGUCAUGCUCGCCGUCAUGAAGAAACUGACGUACGAUGACGAGUACAACUUUGAGAACGAGGGUGAAGACGAGGCGAUGUUCGUGGAGUACAGGAAGCAGCUGAAGAUGCUUUUGGACCGUUUGGCUCAAGUGUCUCCGGAGCUUCUGCUGGAAGCCGUACGCAGAGUCUUCACCAACACGAUGCAGAACUGGCAGACGGCUCCGUUCAUGGAGGUGGAAGUCGCCAUCAGGCUGCUGUACAUGCUCGGUGAAGCUCUGCCGGCUUCUCACGGAGCUCAUUUCUCCGGAGACACGGCGAAGGCGAGCGCUCUGCAGGACAUGAUGAGGACGCUGGUUUCCUGCAGCGUCAGCAGCUACCAGCACAGCUCCGUGUCUCUGGAGUUCUUCGAGACGGUCGUCCGAUACGAUAAAUUCUUCAUCGUGGAGCCUCAGCACAUUCCUAAUGUCUUGAUGGCGUUUCUGGACCAACGAGGACUGAGACACAACAGCCCAAAGGUCCGCAGCAGAGUCGCCUACCUCUUCUCCAGAUUCGUCAAAACUCUGCAUAAACACAUGAACGCUUUCACUGAGGACAUCCUGACCCGGAUCCAGGACCUGCUGGAGCUCACUCCUCCUGAAAACGGCUUCCCGGCUCUGCUGACCAACGAUGAUCAGCUGUUCAUGUUCGAGGCGGCGGGCGUGCUCAUCGUUAACGGGGAGAGUCCCGCGGAGAGGAAGCAGGCGCUGAUGAGGAGCCUGCUCACGCCACUGAUGGACGCUUUCCGCCUGCUGCUCGCCAAAGUGCCGCAGGAGACGGAGGAGGAGCGACAGGCCGCCCUCGCUGACUGUCUGAGCCACGCGGUCGGCUUCGCCAGUCGGACCAGCAAAGCGUUCAGCAACAAGCAGACAGUGAAGCACUGCGGCUGUACGGAGGUCUACAGAGACUGUCUGCAGACCUUCCUGCCUGCACUGAGCUGCCCCGUCCAGCGGGGGGUGCUGCGCAGCUCCGUGCGCUCCUUCCUGCAUCGCAUGAUCAUCUGCAUGGAGGAGGAGGUGCUGCCCUUCGUCCCCGCCGCCUCCGAGCACAUGCUGAAGGACUGCGAGGCCAAAGACCUGCAGGAGUUCAUCCCGCUCAUCAGCCAGAUCACCGCCAAGUUCAAGCGACAGGUGUCUCCGUUCCUGCAGCAGGUGUUCAUGCCGCUCGUGCACGCCAUCUUUGAGGUGUUGGCGCGGCCGGCGGAGGACAACGACCAGGCGGCCGCGCUGGAGAAACAGAUGCUGAGGAGAAGCUACUUCAGCUUCAUCCAGACCGUCACAGGAAGUGGCAUGAACGAGGUCAUGGCCAACCAGGGAGCGGAGAACAUCGAGCGUGUGGUGUUCACCAUCAUCCAGGGAGCCGUGGACUUCCCCGACCCCAUCGCUCAGAAAACCUGCUUCAUCAUCCUCUCCAAACUCGUGGAACUAUGGGGAGGUAAAGACGGCAUGGUUGGUUUCCCCGACUUCAUCUACAAACACAUCGUGCCCGCGUGUUUCCUGGCUCCUCUCAAACCGACCUUUGACCUCUCGGAUGCUCAAACAGUCCUGACGCUGUCAGAGUGCGCCGUCACGCUCAAGAUGAUUCAUCUCAAAAGGGGGCUGGAGUUUAUUCACUUCUUACAGCAGGAGUAUCUUCCUUCGCUGCAGGUGUCGCCGGAGAUCUCACAGGAACUGUGUCAGGUCAUCCAGCAGCCAGACAUCAAAGUCCUGAAAAACUACAUCAAGGCGUUCUUCCAGCGAGGGAAGCUGUAGGGAAUAAAAACUGGAAGUUCACCGGGACUGAAAAGGACACUUUUGACAGGAAGUGGUCGUAGACGCCACUUCUUUUUUUUUUUUACAACAACAACAACAAACACCAAGAAGAAGAAGAAGAAGAAAGGACGUUAGCAUAGGAGCUGCUUUCUGCACUUAAAAAGUAAAAGCAUAACAAAGGCCGGUCGGACAGACGGCCGAUGGACGGAUAGAAAUCUGCCGAGCCGAGCCGAGCCGUCGGACUCAGAGACAGAACAGAAGCUCGGCCGCUGCAUCGAGCUUAUCUGCGGAGUCGUCGCCGCCGUCGUCGUCAUGGAAACUGAGAGGCUUUUUUUUUUUUUUUGGUUUUUUUUGUGGACGCUUCCUGUGUGGGAGAAACAAAGUCGGUAAUUAAUCCUCCAAUGAUCCGAUCAAACCUCUAACUCUAGCUUUAUUCUAGUCAGAACUUUAGAGAGUUGUUUUUAUUUUAGCUGCCACUGAUUGGACGAACAAUAAAGGGCUGAAUUAUAAUAUUUUUAUUUAAAUGUGGCAUUGAUAUUUUCCUUUUUUUCUUUUUUUUAUUAUUGUGUUGAGGAUUGAAGUGAAACAUUAAGUGCUUACAGCUCGGCUACGCGUUCAUUUUGCCUUCAAGAUUGUGUUUUGGGUUUUUUUUGGGACUAAAUUUAGAAGCAAAAUAUCUUCAACAUUUAUUAUAUGUUACCUGAUUGGAUGUAGAUACUCAGCUCAGAGCAACAUCAGACCUUCAUGCUGGUUUUGUGAUUUAAAAAAAAAGGAAGAAAACAAUCUUGGAGGAAUAUUUAAGUUUCCUGGAACAAUAAUGAAAGCUUCGGCCUCUUUAUUUCUUCUGGUUUUUUUGUUUUUUUAUAGAUUUUUUUUGGUAUUUUUUUGCCUUUAUUAAAAAGCAGAAGAUGCAAAAAGAGAGAAAUGUGUCCUGUGCUCUUAACUUCAGAUGGAAAUGAAUAUAAACAUGGAGGAACAAAGUGUAAAUAAGAGAAUAAGAUGUUAAAAAAUGUAAAUAAAAGUUCCUAGGUUUAGUUUUUUUUGUUUUUGUUUUUUUUAAAUCAUUUGCAUCUGGAAGCUACGGGAGACAAAUACUGUCAUAAAAUGAAUAAAAAAGGAUGAAAUGUUCAAACUGAUGGAAAUAAAAACAGCCAAAAUUAUGAAAUGCUUAAAGUUCUGAGACUUUUGACUCUUUUUCAUUCUUAAAUUUGGACUUAAUGAACUUAAAUAAAAUGUAA